UUUCCCCUCCCCUUCCUCCCCUCCCCUUCCUUCCCUCCCGCUCUGCCCCGUUCUCUCCUCCCGUCCCUCCCGGGGCGAUGCGAGGCGGCGGGCGGCGCGGCGGGCGGAGGCGUCAGGCGGAGCCUCCACUGACACCACCGGAGGCGGAGCCGGGUGCCGGUGCCGGUGCUGGUCCCGGUGCCGAGGCGGGGGGCGCAUCCCCGGGGGAGAACCGGUUCUGCCCGCAGUGCGGGCGCGGCGUGGAGCCCGCCUUCCGCUUCUGCCCGGGCUGCGGCGCCGCGCUGCCGGGCCGGGACCCGCGGGGGCAGCAGCAGGGGCAGCAGCAGCAGCCGCAGCAGCAGGGGCAGCAGCCGCGGCCCGGCCCGGCGCCCCCCAGCCCCGCCGCCCGGCGCGGCCCCCGCUCGCCCCGCAAGGCGCGCCCCGCCCCCGCGGAGCCGCUGCCGCCGGGCACCGCGCUGACAGACCGGGGCGGCCGCGUCUGGAGCCUCUGCCGGCUGCUGGGGCGGCGCGGGGGGGACCUGUACGAAGCGCAGUCAGCAUCUGGAACCUGUCCUCAAAAGCAAAGAUACUUCCUCAAACUUGAUGUCAAAGAUGGCAAGAUCUACAAUGAACAGAACUUCUUCCAGCGAGCUGCAAAGGCAGGCACAGUGGAGAAGUGGAAGAAGUGGCACUCUGUGCCGUUGCUUGGAAUCCCCAGCUGCCUUGGCUUUGGACUGCAUGCAGACAGCUACAGGUUUUUGGUGUUCCCUGACUUAGGGCGAACUCUUCAGUCGGUCCUGAAUGACAGUUUCCAGCCUCUGAGGGAGAAGGCAGCAUUUCAGAUUAUGGUCCGGCUGCUAGACUGCCUGGAGUACAUUCAUGAAAAUGAGUAUGUGCAUGGGGACAUCACAGCCGAGAACGUCUAUUUGAACCCAGCAGACCUCACGCAGGUGACCCUAGCAGGCUAUUACUUUGCAUUCCGGUACUGCCCUGGAGGGAAGCACGUGGCUCACCGUGAAGGCAGCAGGACCCCUCAUGAAGGCACGGUGGAGUUUCUCAGUCUGGACAGCCACAAGGGAGCAGGACCAUCUCGACGGAGUGACUUGGAAUCACUGGGCUACUGUCUUCUGAAAUGGCUCUGUGGCUUCUUGCCCUGGUCUGAUGUGCUGGACAAAGCAGAAACUGUGGAGGAAAAGAAGGAAAAGUUCAAAGAGGAUGUGAAAUGCCUUCUCCAGCUGUGCUUCAGGCAGAGACCCACUCCAGAUGCCCUGCAGAGCUACCUGCAGCAGGUCAUGGCGCUGGGCUAUGAGGAGAAGCCUGACUAUGAGGCCCUGCGGCUGCUCUUCAAGAAGCCACUGGAGAGAAUGAAAGCUUCAGCUUACGACCCUGUGGAUAUCAAAAUGGUGCCCUAAAGGGAGAGCUAAGGAAAGUCUGAAUUUCCACGACGUUUGUGUGCAAAGAACUGGGUUCUGGCUCCUCCUGUUUCACACCCAACACUGAACAGAGCUGGCUGUAACUCAUCAUCUGAAAACCAAAAAGACAGUAGGAAUUAAACUGUGUGCUUCCCUCUGCCAUAAGGCUCUCUCCAUUUUCUAGGGGAAACCUAUCCCAGUGAGUUCUUCCCGCAGGUGCUCAACCAGAGCGAUUAUAGUCCCUGCAGAUCAAGAUUAAAGCCACCACUUUUAGAUUCUCUCUCCUCUGAGAGUCUAAGUUAGAAACUGCUUCCCAUCGCUUGGAGUUGACUACAUCCUGUCACACAGCAGCUUUGCCAUUGGACAUCAGCACAGGAAGACAGAGAGCUCACCCACCUUUUCUUUGCCUAUUUCUUCAUAACGCUCAUCUUCAAAUCGUUGUUUCACUGCUGUUAAGGACACCUGCCUAUAAUCCUUUGGGACAUCAUCAUGGAAACUGGAAGGAAAGAUUAAAGCCUCAAUCUUACCAUGGAUUAUAUGAAUGUCAUUAACAAAACCUGCCCAUUUAAGUGCUUUCCCUCUGCCCAGCUGAGCUCUGUGCUAAGGAAGAUGGUGUUUCAGCAGAGCUGUGAUGCACUUGGCCAGGAUGCUGCAUUUCUAAGCAUAUGAACAUCUACUUCCUUGUCUGUUCCUUGAGGUUAGCAAGAUAUUUGCCUUGUAGUCUUUCAAAAAUGAGCUACUUCUGCUACAGGAACUCCUUCUGAAGCUUUAAGCCAGUUUUAAUGUCAAAAGAGUGAUGUUUGGCAAACUGCAACUGUUAAUCUUGAUAAGCAUCCAGUUUUCCAUGCCACUGCCAGUUAGGAGAAAUGGAAGAGCUCUUCCCUGAACCAACCCCCAGGCCUCCAUGCCUUGGGGGGUGGCACCAGGCAGUUUCCCAAAGCCGCAUCCAUCAUGGGUAGGGCUGACUGCAUUGAUUCAGAUCGUCUAAAAGAGCUGGAAUCCAAGAAA